AUGAGAGCGUUCCUUUUUCUAAUUCCCUUUGGAUUGCUAAUUUGCGCUGUUAUCACUCCGAUUUUCUAUCAUUCAAGAGAUGUCUUUGAGGAAGAUAAAGUGGUAUCGAAAGAUGAGGAAGCGAAAUUGAAUACUACUGUACCAAACUUCAUUUCAACGAAGACUACGGCAGGAAAUUCGGAAAAUGCAUCAACAACUACCACUUCAACUCUGACGGACAACUAUACAGUUACCACUGCCAGCUCAACGACUACUCAGAAUACAAUUGCAUCAAUAGAUGACCAUAAAACAACCCCAACCACUGAAAGUAUACAAUCAUCAACAGCCAAACCAACAACAACGACCAUCAAUAUUGCAUCAAUAAGAACAAUAAGUGCGUCAAUAGGCACCACGACCACGACAACAAAACGAAAAACAACGGAUUCUGCCAUGAUCACCACAAAACUAUCGACAUCGAGUUCAAUUACUCCCGCUACGACAACUACAACAGUUCAAGAUCCAACAGAUCCGUGCCCACUGAAAUGUCUCAAUCCUGAUAACUGUGUCGAAAUUGUCGGAAAGGAUCCUUUGGUACCAAGAAAGCAUCGAAAAGAAGCCGAGAUAAUUGCAGCAAAGGAGUUCCGGCUUUCAGUAGGAAUAAAUUUUCCGACAGAAGCGGGAGAACCCCUUGGUAAUGCCAUUCAUGUCCGGAGUGGAUAA